AACACAUUGGAAAAUAGUAAGUGCGCCUCGCGCCCAACGUGUUUACAAUAAAAGACGCGACGCGCCUUUAUAUAAAGAGACGGAUAUCGCUGCAGGUAUUUGCUGACAACAUGAGCAAUACACCUCCCAACAGACGAGGAAUAACUUUUGAGGUGGGCGCUGCUCUUGAAGCACGGGACAGUCUGAAGAACUGGUAUGUUGCCAACAUUGAGAAGAUUGACUACGAGGAUGAGAAAGUCUUAAUCCACUAUCGUCAGUGGAGCCAUCGCUAUGAUGAGUGGUUUGACUGGGCCAGUCCGUAUCUGAGGCCCAUGGAGAGGGUUCAGCUUAGGAGAGAGGGACGGCAGGAAGACAACAUUAUCCCUGGAUUUCAUGUGAAUGACAAAGUUCUUGCCAGUUGGUCUGAUUGUCGAUUUUAUCCUGCUAAAGUCUUGGCCGCCAACAAAGAUGCAUCCUACACUGUAAAGUUCUAUGACGGUGUCAUCCAAACAGUCAAAGGAAUCCACGUGAAGCCCUUCACCAAAGAGUGUAGAAAGAAACUAACUGACAAAAAUGGAGAGAAGCCAAAAAAGACAGUAAAGGACAAGAAAAUGCAGGAGAAUGAAGCCAGCGGGGAUAAACAGAUUGACCUUGUUCCUGAGGAAGAGGAGGAUGAGAAUGCAGUCUUGGAUGGAGAGGAAGGUGAAAAGAAGAAAAGCAAUGGGAAUGGGAAAUGCAUUGAAGUGCAAAAUAUAAGCAUAAAGGAGGAGGAGGAGGAGGAAGAUGCAGAGGGAGAGAGAGUAUUGGAGCAAAUAGGGCAGCACAACUACAGUAAGUUAUUUCUGAAGAGGGAUUCAGGGCCUGAGGAGAGAGAAGAGAAGACCAGCUUGAAAAUUGAGAACUCUGUGGUGUUAGAUUUGGGUGUGAACUUUAAUGAGGGGGUGGUAAAGAGAAAUGAGACAGAGGAAGCAGAAGUCCUGGAACGAAAAGAGGAGGAAAUCAAAGGACAAGAUCUUCCUCAUAACAGAAAGUCACGGAGGCAGCGAAUAAGAAGGAAGAGGAGACUUUCAAUGGCACGAAGGAGCUCCAAAAAACCCAAGACGGAUUCAGAAAAAAGUUUUCAUAAUGAUUGCGAACCCAUAUGCGAAUCCACCAAUCUGAAAACUCAAGGAAAAGGAUCAGACCCCUUAUGCUUGACACAACCAUCCAAUGACACAUCAGUACCAAAGGCUCAGUGCCAAUCAGAAACCUUUAAGCCUACAGCAGUUAGAAAACAAACCUUCCACAACCCCAACCGGUUUAGCAGAGAACCAUUAUACAGAGUCAUCAGAAACCAACCGCCACCAGUGCUCUCUAUCAACUUAGACCAUAAUCCAUAUAAAUGCAGUGCUCCUGGCUGUACGAAGUCUUUCCGCAAAGCAAAACUCCUGCACUAUCAUAUGAAAUACUACCAUGGAGAUGAUCGUCUGAUGGAGCCAGACCCGAUCCAGGCAAUAGACAAACAGACCGCACUUAAUAAUCAGGAUGGCUCUAAGAAGAGGUGCGUUACAUCGCAUGAGUGUGCGCAGGUGACCGUGAAGAGACGCUCUCUUGCGCCCCCUGCUGUCAUCGCACAGAAUUACCAACGAUGGCCUUCACUGAAGGACAAGACCAGGGACAAGACCAGAGACAAUCAGCUAGACAGCAACAUGCAUAGAUACUUCAAGGAGAGAGAGAGGAGAUUUAUGGAAAUGGAAGGUGUGAAAGAACGUGACCGGUCAAAAGAGAAACAGACUAGAGACUUCUUGCGUAUAAAGUUAAAGGAAAAGAAAAAGAUGAAAAAAAACACAUCAGAUGAGGAUAGCAUUUCAGACUGGUCCUCUGACAGCUGUGGUUGGAGUGAAGAUGAAAUGGGAGCAGAUCUGGAUGUCAUUGCCUCACCUCUCAGCUGUAGCUCUGUUGCCUCAACUACAGGAAGUCAGGAUACUGUCCGAUGUGUGUGUGAAGCGGAAGAGGAAAAUGACUUCAUGUUACAGUGUGAAGAGUGUCUGUACUGGCAGCAUGGAACCUGCAUGGGCCUCCUGGAAGAGAACGUUCCAGAGCGAUACGCUUGCUUCAUUUGCCGGGAUUCUCCAGGGCAGACCAGAGGUCAGAGACAGAGCCUGCGGUACUGGUAUGACAGGGACUGGCUUAGCACCGGCCAUAUGUAUGGCCUCUCUUUCCUGGAGAACUACUCCCAUCAGAACGGCAAGAAGAUCGCAGCCACUCAUCAGCUUUUAGGGGACGUUCAGCAUGUGCUUGAAGUCCUCAAUGGCCUGCAGCUCAAAAUCAGCGUGCUACAGAGCACGACUCAUCCAGACCUCAAGUUGUGGCAGGAGCCGUGGAAGCUGACUGAGAGAUCCAGGAUAAAAAGCAUGGCUCUUCCAGACGCAAAAAACGUUUCUUCGUCAGCAUCUUCAGAAGUCAUUCUACAUAAAGAGCCCUUCUCUUCAUCCUUCCAAGACUACAUUAGCAGUGAGCACUGCUACCAAAAGCCACAAACAUUGUACCAAGUAUUGGAGCCGAGGCUGGUGCUGAAGACACGGGUUGAGUCGGUGUUGGAAGAUCGAUCACACAACACAGAGAGAGUGAUGAAGAAUGAACAACACUAUUAUGGAGAGAUCCAGCCUGCUUUACUGAAGACAUCUAGUGCUCAGCUGUUCAACCACAGGAUGGAUGGAGGAGAGAAGCGUGAAGUGUGUGGUGAUGGAGGCGGGGUUAAAGGUGCAGCUCAGCCCCAGCAGUGGAGGAUCAAUCUGCUGGAACACAUCGAGACUUUACAAGAAGAGGUUACUCGCAGGAUGGACUUCAUCGAAAGGGAGCUUGAUGUGCUUGAAAACUGGCUGGACUGCACGGGUGAGUUGGAGCCUCCAGAGCCAUUGGACCGUCUGCCUGAACUCAAGCAAAGCAUCAAACAGCUGCUGAAUGAACUGGGAAAGGUGCAACAGAUUGCUCUGAUUUGUGCCACAUGAGGGCGCCAGGGCAAAUUUCACUAUCAUCACAGGACUACCUCGGUUUAAUACAUUCCUAAAGCGGGCCACGAAACCAAAGAGCCUAAAGAACAUUAGACUGAGAACAAUGUGAAACUGAACAAGCUGUUUGUUACAGAAUAUGUGAUUCUGACUAUGGACUUGGAAUUAGGAUUGAACACUGCGAAACGUUAUCACCCCACCUGUCCCUUUACAGCAAAUAUGAUCCACAUCCUUUUCAUCCUUUCUCUUUCACCGAAAGUAAACAUAUAACAAAAUACCAUAUAUAUAUAUAAGUUAAUCAUGUUUAUUCUAAAAACCUGGAUAGUCAAAAUAAGGAUCAGUCCUGCAUUAUUCAAAAGUUAGAAACCAUUAACCUCUAUUUAACAGGUUGGGUAUGAACUGUGAAACUGAAGUAAAAUGAACACAAUGAAACCAUUGUUUAUGUGCUCCGUUGUAUUUAAAGGACCUUAUGCUUAGAAAGUUAAAAUGUUUUUUUGAAUAU